AAUCGAAACACAACAUCUGCUAAGUGCUAAGAACUAUCAUCUAAUACUCUAAUUUCCCAAAUAACAAUCAACUUCUAUGGCUCAACCUCAAUAUUUUAACUAUCCAUUUUUCCCUUUCCCGCCACCACAUAGUUACCCAUUCCCACCAAAACUACCACCUCCCUUUCAUCCCAUUUCUCCACCAUACCUACCACCUCCUUUUCAUCCCAUUUCUCCACCAAAACCAACCCCACCAUCACCAACAAAGCCAUUGAACCCUCCACCAUCGCCGAAACCUAAACCAUCUCCAUCACCAACAAAGCCCUCUAACCCUCCACCAACACCGAAACCUAAACCACCUCCAUCACCAGCAAAGCCCUUUAACCCACCACCAGCACCAAAACCUAAACCACCUCCAUCACCAACAAAGCCCUCAAACCCUCCUCCAGCACCAAAACCAAAACCACCUCCACAUUCUCUCCCUCCACCAAAGCCCUCACCCUCCACAAGACCACCUCCGCAUCCUUUCCCUCCGCCACCUCCAGCAGUAAAGCCACCACCACUGCCACCAAAACUUCCACCACCACCUCCUCACAUCACCCCCACCCCUCCACUGCUGCCACCUCCUGCUCCUGGGCACCACGCUACCAUCAUUAUUGUUUUCGUGUCCCUUGGAGGCCUUUUCUUUCUAGCAUUCCUUUCAGCUGCAUUGUUUUGCUUCAUGAAGAAGAGAAGAAAGAGAAUGAUCAAAGAGACUGAUGAUAUUACUUUUGAUGAACGAGUGCACGUUCAUGAAUCUGUUGUACCUGGUCCACAUGGUGAACCAGCUGUGCUUGUAACCUUUGAAGAGGAUAUUCAUUCUCAUGAAACUAAAACAAAGAAUGAAAUAGUUGAUGGAACUUCUCAUACUAAGGCUAUACAUCAUCACCACUCUCCGGAAAUAGCAGCUCCCACUCUCAGCUCCAGUCAGUCACCACAUUGAGAACAAUAACUCGUUGAACAGGAUGAAAUUUGUGCAUGCUCUAUGAUGUCGCAUGCUAAGAGCUUUUCUAAUCUUUAAAACAAAUCAUACAUUGAAGUUUGAACUACAUAAAUAUUCGCAUAUUGCUUCAGUAUAUUACUGAUUGCUAUGCGUAUUUCAACAAAUAACAUUCAGAAAUUGUCUUUUAUUCGUUUAUAUGAUAUUUUAUACUAUUACUUAA